CACUCUGAUAGGAUUAUUGGACGACCGAGAAAAGGAAUGUUGCCGUUUACUUGUACUUGUCAGGGCUUAAGUAAAUUCAUUUAAUUUAGAUUUAUAAUGUAAGGGUGGUGCAUAAGUUGUUUUAACGGUAGGCUAUCUUACCGCUUAUUGCGUAACGACUUUUUUCUUUUCUUUACCGUAAACCGUGUAUUUUCAGAGACUGCUGUUUUACGUUGUGUGCUAUAGCCAGAGACCGUAGGGCUAUAACGCAGAGCGCGACCUUUGUUACAAAUCGCUUGGCAGGCAAAUCACGAAACCGCCCCGUUCACAAGUGCACGACCGAAGUUCAACUGUUCAGCUGUUUGACGGCUUGCGCUUGGGAAGUCGAUGGCACUCUCUGGGUGGAUAUGUCUGGUUACAGGGGCCUCCAGGGGUAUUGGGAAAGGCAUUGCCCUGCAGCUGUCCGAGGCCGGAGCGACGGUCUACAUCACUGGCCGCCGGGAGAACACCUUACAGGAGACAGCUGUGGAGGUAAAGGAGAGGGGCGGGGGCUGCAUACCAGUGGUCUGUGACUCAUCAAAGGAGGAUGAAAUCAAAGAGCUCUUUGAGCGAAUCAACCGUGAGCAGAAAGGAAGACUGGACAUCCUGGUCAACAACGCCUAUGCAGGCGUGCAGGCGAUAUUUGAAAGCAUGGGGAAGAAGUUUUGGGAAGUGGACCCCUCCAUGUGGGACUGUGUCAACAAUGUAGGCCUCAGGGGGCACUACUUCUGCACAGUGUACGCUUCCAGGCUGAUGGUGGCGCAGGGCCGGGGGCUGAUUGUGGUCAUCUCCUCCAUGGGGGGGCUGCGGUACAUUUUCAACGUGCCCUAUGGUGUGGGAAAGGCAGCGUGUGAUAGGCUGGCUGCAGACACGGCGGUGGAGCUGAAGAGGACGGGCGUUACGUCGGUCAGCCUGUGGCCUGGUGCGGUGAAGACGGAGCUGAUCACUCAGUUUGUCGAGAGCGAGACUUCAGUCAGCGUGUCCCCCCGCACGCAGCUGAAAGACAUAUUUGCCAGUGGAGAAUCCCCAGAAGUGAGUGGAAAAUGCAUCGUUGAGCUUGCCAAAGACAAGAACCUGAUGUCAUUUACCGGGAAGGUUCUGAUGACCUGUGACCUCGCAAGGCGCUAUGGGAUACGGGAUAUUGAUGGUCGCCAUGUGACCGAUUACACCUCCCUCAGUUUCCUCCUCUCCCAGGUGCCCUACCUGUCCUGGCUCUCGGCCCUCACCCCCUCCUUCCUGCGGGUGCCCCGCUUCAUCCUCACCCUCGCUGGAGGGCAUUUCUAAGAGCCCCCCCACCCCCCGUGCGGGGAACAAAGGGCGGAGCAGACUCCCAGUUUUUCACCCAAAGGUGGACACGUCAUCUUUGGGGCCACAGUGGCCCACAGAGGCCACAGUGGGUUAUUAAAAAAAAUUUUGGAACUGUAGUUAUUUGUCAGAGAAUAUGCCUUUUUUUCUAAUAUGUGGUAAUCAAGUGACCGGGCAGGACAAAGUCAUUGGAUGUCACCUGUCCAUUGUAAAUGGACAGUGCACAGGUAGCAAAUCAAUCCCAUCGUGGACCAAUCAGGUCAGGCUGUGUCAAAUAGAAGGGGUUGCACGUGAAAACUUGGGAUACAGAAAUAUUAACCAGUUUACAAUAAACAAUGCAGUUUUGUAUGGGUUUUCAACAGGUGUUCCGUGGACCCCUGGGUGUCCUUGAAGGUACUGCUGGUGGGGCCUCUGCCCAGAUGUGAUAUGCAUUGCCUACACAGUGCCAUGAAGUGUUUGCCCCCUUCCUGCUUUCCUCUAUUCUUGCAUAUGUGUCACACUGAAGCAAAGGAAAAGUGAGUAAACAGACACAAAACAUUUUUUAAAAUAAUUCUUUCAUUUAAGUAAAGUUUUAUGUUCAUCUCACAUUUGCAAAAAGCACCUGGAUGAUCCCCAGGAUAAUGUUCUAUGGACAGAUGAGUCAAAAGUCAGCUUUUUGGAUGCCAAAGGUCCCAUUAUGUCUGGUGUAAAGCAAAUGCAGCACUUCCCAGUAAGAACAUCAUAACAACAGUUAAACACAGUGGUGGUAGUGUAAUGGCGUGGGGAUGCUUUGCUGCCUCAGGACCUGGAAGACUUGCCACUAUUGAAGGAACAACAAAUUCUCGUCUAUACCAGAAAAUUCUUAAGGAGGCCGUCUGGUCAUCUGUCCAUAAGCUGAAACGUAAUCGGGGUAUGCGGCAAGACAAUGAUCCGAAACACAAAUGCAAGUCCACAUCUGAAUGGCUGAAAAGAAACUAAAAGUUUUGGAGUGGCCUAUUCAAAGUUCUGACCUGAAACCAAUAGAGAUGCUGUUGCAGGACCUGAAAUUAGCAGUUAAUGCUCAAAAACCAACUGAUGUGUCUGAAUCAAAGCAGUUCUGCAAAUAUAGUUGGGCUAAAAUUUCUCCACAGCGAUGUGAACGACUGAUCAAUUUAUAUCAAUUAAGUUUAAGGGGGCAACUUACUUUUUUCGCAUGGGUGAUAUGGGUGUUUGAAGUUUUUUUCAUAACAUGAAUGAAAUAAUCAUUUUAAAAAUGUGUCUUUACUCAGGUUCCCUUUGUCUAAUAUUACAUUUUGUGUAAAGAUCUGAAACCAGCGUGACAAAUGUGCAAUGAAGGAAAUCAGGAAGGGGGCAACUACUGCAAGUCCCAUGGAUGUAUUUGAUCCUGGGUGGGGGACCAAAAAUGGGGACCUUGGCAACUAACAGAGAAACUGGGUAUAUCAUAAGCAUACAGUGAGAGAUUUUGCACUCUGACAUUUGAUAGGAGGGGAUAAUUUUCAAGUUAAGCCAAAUAUUAUUGGCCCCAGAGGCAUCUAAAUUAUGAAAAUCUUUUUAUGAUUAACCAGGGAAGUAGCAACCCUAUUCUAACAAGCUUUCUUACUUCUACACACUAAUUUAUACUGUACUGGUAAUAAAAUAAUAUAUCAGAAAUAUAA